GCUCAGAGAACAGGAUACAUAGGCGCUCAGCAGAAAGAAAAAGAGAAGGGGGGCGUGUAACAAGGAGGGGAAACGAGAUCGCUUUCGUGACAGAGAAGGUCCAGCAUCAAGGGUUAAAAGAUCAUUAAUUAAGAGGCACAUUUUAAACGGCAACAAUAAACAAACAAGGAUCCUCAGAUCCUGGGCUGAAUCAUCCCGUCCAGUUAGACCAGGAAGCUGGCACUUUUCUGAAGGGCUUAAUUACACAGGAGGCGAAGAGCCUCCUGACUUCAAAACUACAGUGCCACCGAGGCUUGGAAAGCAGAAGAGAGAUCCACAGGAAGUUGGAAGGAAGGCGAUCAGACGCGUCAACUCUGGGGGCUUUCUCCCCUGUAGAGGAUUAAAGUCGCGUUUGGAAAGGGAAGGAUUUUUUUUCCCUCCCCCCAAUUAGUCUAUCGCCGAUUUAAUGAACAAAACCAACUUUUAAUUUUCAUCCGAGGCUCAAUGAUUUGGCUCUAGAGGGAGUGUAUUCCCCCCCCCCAUAUACUAGAGAGGGAUUGGGGGGAUUGUUUUUAAUUCUCACAGUCCGGUAUCUCAAGGAAAAAGAAGGUCCAGGAAGGGACUGCGUUUUCCAUUGCUUGAAAGGGCACCCUCCAAACGCAACUAUCUCCGCUGAGUGUCUUUGGAAAAUCCUAAAGCAGCAAAGUUAAUAAAAGAUCGGAGGCGAGAAAGACAGAGAGGGGCAGACAAAAGGGGAGCGUGCGCUCGGAAGGUGUUUGGUGUUUUUUUUUUUUUAAAGUUUAUUUCCCUCCUGCUCCCACCUCGGAUCAUGUACCAGGACUUUCCAGGGAACUUUGAUACCUCCUCUCGGGGCAGCAGUGGUUCUCCUGGCCACCCGGAAACGUACUCCAGCGUGACACCUCAACAGAAAUUCCGGGUAGAUAUGCCAGGAUCGAGCAGCACUUUUAUCCCCACUCUGAACGCGAUUACCACCAGCCAAGACCUGCAGUGGAUGGUCCAGCCCACUGUGAUCACCUCCAUGCCAAGUGCCUACUCUCGUUCGCAUCCCUACAGCCAUGCUCUUCCUAAUCUGUCUUCAGUUUCUGGUCACACAGCCCUUCAGAGACCUGGUGUUAUCAAAACCAUUGGGACCACAGUAGGCAGAAGGAGACGAGAUGAACAGUUGUCUCCUGAAGAAGAGGAGAAGAGAAGGAUUAGAAGAGAGAGGAACAAGCUAGCAGCUGCCAAAUGCCGCAACAGACGCCGAGAGCUGACAGAGAAACUCCAGGCAGAAACAGAGGAGCUGGAGGAGGAGAAAUCUUUGUUGCAGAAGGAGAUUGCUGAACUGGAGAAAGAGAAGGAGAAGCUGAAGUUCAUGCUGAUGGCUCACAGUCCUAUGUGCAAGAUCAGCCCUGAGGAGCGCCGAACCCCACCUCCUCACAGCCUCCAGACAGUCCGGACUGGAUUGAGUGGUGCCAUAGUAGUGAAGCAGGAGCCAGUGGAGGAAGAGAUUCCCUCCUCAUCUUCUGACCUGGAGAAAGGGCAGAGGUCUGUCAUUAAACCCAUCAGCAUUGUAGGAGCCUUUUAUGGAGAAGAGCCUCUCAACACUCCCAUUGUGGUGACCUCAACACCUGCCAUCACUCCUGGCACAUCUAACUUGGUCUUCACCUACCCCAGUGUGCUGGACCAGGAGUCUCCACUCUCCCCUUCGGAGUCUUGCUCCAAAGCUCACCGGAGGAGCAGCAGCAGUGGCGACCAGUCCUCAGAUUCCUUGAACUCUCCAACUCUGCUGGCACUGUAACCUCCUCCCUUUUGCCACCACUCUACCCCAUUACUCUGGGGGAAGCCCCUCAUUGAAAUCAAAGACCAGCACAAUGGCCUUCAAGCACAAGGGGUGCAAGAACAACAUGGGGAAACAGUGUACCCCCCAGGUACUUCCUGGGAUAGGAAGAACCAGAUCAAAUGAAAACCAUAUAGGGAUUGGGGGGGGGGCUAGGACGGAAGUCACACUACUGGGAGCCGAGUGUUUGGACUAUACGGUGAGCAGGGAGGAAUUCCCCCACAAUUUAGUGUGCUCUUGGCCAGGAGUGGAUGUGAGCUUCAGUAAAUCACUUGCCAUUCUCCUGUUAUGCUGAUGAAUGGACUGGUCUGACCAGGUUACGCUCUGUGCUUAGUAGUACAUUCCAGUUAGUUGAUCUCAUGUAGGUCUUCACCUUUUAUUUUUAUUGGAUGCCAUGACAUUUCGAAAACUCUAAAGGCUUGUUGCAAUUGUCGUUAAACCGCUGCUGAUGUGUGUGUGUGUGUGGGGGGUCUGCCUAUUGGGAAUUCUUGCUAUUAUUAAGUAGUUUUGAGUAGAUUAUGAUGAUGAUGGAGAUGAGAGGAAUAAAUAACAAGUCCAAAUCAUUCUUUAAAAGUUACAUCCCCAACAUCUUAGUGGAGCAGGGGGUGGGGCCAAAAUAAAUCCAACAUGCUGGAUAUUCUGUUAACAAAAGGAGAAGGUCUCUUUGAAGGACAGGGAAUGUGGAGAGAGGGAGGCUUGGUUCCGUGGUGUGUUGAAAGGGCCAUGUCUUCAACACGCCUCGUAAGUGGGCCAGGAGUGAUGCCAAGGGAGCUGAGGAGAUGCCAGAGUUGGUUUCCACUCAGCCUUUGUUAUUGGCAUAGCUUCUUUUGUAAUUAGUGUUUGUCAAAUCUGUUGCUGGACCCUGUGUUUCCUUUCCUUUUGGCUGCCAGCCACCUUGGGUGUGAUGCAUCCUCCUCAUCAGUGCGCCUGACUCAGAUGCCGGUGCCGUUUCUUGAACACAGACUGACUCCCCCCAUCUACAGACUCUAGCUCUUCAGCAGUGCUCUGCUGCCACUCUUCUCUUGUGACUGGUCCAGGGAAGGGAUUCACUGAAGUUGAUACUGCAGGAAAGGACCUGGGGGCUCCCUUGGGGAAUUUCUCUUAUUUUUUGCUAUAUUUUACACGUCAGUUUCUGGCCAAAGUCUUAUAUGUUGCUAAUCUGAUUGUUUCAGGCCUGUCUCUCCCCCCCCCCCAAUUCUCUAGAAAACCAGAGGAAAAUGAUUCUUAUGCCUUCUCUUGGUCUCCUCCUAAGCUUGGUUCCUGCACAUCCAAACGGACUUUGCUGUUUGGAAAACCUGUGCUCACUACUGAAAUGGGUAGCAUGCUUCACUCCAGUCAUCUCUCUCUGUGCCAAGGCAAAAUCCCCUUCAAGACAAUUGCAUUUAGACUGUGCAGCUGCUUGGUUUUGUAGAGAGCCAAACCAAUGAAUCUCGGGGAGGUGUGCCAGAUCUUCCAUAUAGCAGAGUCUGGCUUUGUUUAACUCUGUUAUACUUAGAACAUCUGAUUUAAUCCAACCCAUUGAGGGUCCCCGUGAUGAGUGUAUUUAUGUGCAGGUUUCCACUGUUUUCUUUUUUGGGUGCCUGGUGGUUGAGGGAUCCGUAAUCUCAUUUGUGCUGUUUUAAGGACCAGAUUUCUGAGCUGCGAGAACAUCUUCAAGCCAUGUUUAACUCCGUUGGUGAGCAUCUCUGCACUGCGGCUUUGGCUUCAUAGCCAGGGAAUUCUCACAAGUAUUUCCAAUGAAGUCGGUGACCAAAUUCCCAUUGAUUUUAAUGGACCAGGAUCACAGCCAUAUUUUCCAGUCAGCAGCUUAGUGCAAAGGGGGAUAGAUAUGCUCGGAUGGUUUUGAGAAUGACUGAGACUUUUCUAUUUAAAAAAAAGGUCAAAAUCUGUGACCUGAAUAAAACAUGCAAAUUUGGGUGUACAAUAUUUUGCAUUAUUUAUUCUGCCAAUAGUAGCCAUGAGGAGACAGGAGCUAUGCAGAGCACUGAAGCUCUACCUCCGGCCACUGGCCUUCCUGCUUAGCAGCCCUCUGGCCUCUGAAACCUUAUCAGGCAUUACCUACGUCUUUUCAAGCUUCUUUUUUACAGCAAUAAAAAUCAGUAACUUUCAAAAAAUAAAAGUGAGAGAACCAGGUUUCUGGAUGCUGAUCAUUGUAUCUGAUACCAAAUUCUGUAUGUAGUAGCAGGAUCACUUAAAGCCUGGAAUCAACACAGUUCUGGCCGUGACUUGUUUCUACAUGCAAUUCCUCCACCCCCCCCAAAAAA